AUGUCUAGCGAGACCGAGGUUGAUAUGAAGGACGUAGAGCUGAACGAAGUAGAUCAGGAAAGGCAGCCAAUGAACGCUAGUAAUGGAGAUGCUGGUUCACCUCAAACUGAGAAGAACGGCAUCGUGAAGGUGAAGAUUCCUGAGGAGAAAGAGGCCAAAUUUACUGGUCUGUCCAAGCAAGAGCUGCUACAAGUUGCAGGAACUCCAGGGUGGGUAAAAACCCGAUGGGUGCUGCUGAUUCUCUUCUGGCUUGGCUGGUUUGGAAUGCUGGCUGGUGCCAUUGUCAUUAUUGUGCAGGCACCUCGAUGCAAACCACUUCCAGAGAUGAACUGGUGGAAUUUUGGGGCCUUGUAUCAGGUUGGAGACGUCAACGCCUUUGCAGAGGCUCCAGGUCUUAAAGGUUUGUCAUCGAAGAUGAGUGAUCUUGGCAAGAUGAAUGUGAAGGGUCUCAUUCUGGGGCCCAUCCAUGUGUCAACUGCUGACAAGCCUGAAGACCUGAAUCUGACUGAGAUCUCUCCUGAAGUUGGCAAUCUUACCCAUCUGGAAAGUGUUGUUAUGGAAGCACACAAAAAGAGUAUCUCUGUGGUCUUGGAUCUGAGCCCCAACUACAAAGGGUCAAAGCCAUGGUUCGACACUGGUGAUAUGACAAAUGUGGCAGAAAAAGUCAAGGCUGCUACUGAUUACUGGCUAAAUAAAGGAAUUGAUGGCAUCCUGCUGCAUGAUGUGGAGCAGUUGACCACUAAGGUGCCAUUGAUUUGGUCUAGCAUAAGGGACUCUGUCAAGAAUAACACUAAUGAGGAAGAAAAGAAACGGGCCCUAAUCGUAGUUACCCAGGCGACAUCUCCUGAAAAGGUUGCCACCCUGUUAAACACAACUGGUGUGGACUUGCUACUUUCUGGUAUUUUGAGGCAAAACUCCAGCAUAAACACCAUUCAAGCUGUUGACCACCUAUACUCUCAAAAGGGGCAUCAACUGGCCUGGAACAUUGGUGACCGUAUUAAUGGACAUCUGGCCACUUUAAUGGGGUAUGCUCAUGUGAAAUGGAACCAGCUGCUUCUUCUCACCCUGCCUGGUGUACCAGUGUUCAACUAUGGGGAUGAAAUUGGACUGGAGGAUGAGUCUUCAAAAUUCCCGUUAAUGGUAUGGGACACAGACGAAAAAGCAAAGCAGGCAAAUGAGAGUGAAAAGGACGAGAUCAAAAACAGAGACUCUCUUCGCUCCUUCUUCAAACUUGUGAGUGGUCUGAGAGGAAAGGAACGCUCUCUUUUGCACGGAGACUACGUACCUCUCUUCAACUCUUCCACUGCCUUUGCAUACCUGCGUGUCUGGGACCAGAGUGAAAGAUAUUUAGUUGCACUCAACUCGUCUCCUGAAUUGGUAGAACUAAAGCUGAUCCAUAGCGAGCUCCCCGAGACGGCCACUGUCGUGGUCAGCACUGACGAGAGCCUGGCUACUGACACAUCUGUUGACCUGGCAACCUUAAAGUUGAAACCAAACCAAGCUGUUAUGCUUCAAUUCCCUUAUGUUGGGUAAUGAUAAGUACUUUACCUGAAUUUAAGAUGCCUUCAAAAUAGGGUAGCUUGGCAUUCUGUUACACUGAAAUGGUUACUGUUCUGAAAAUUAGUAGAUUUUUAAAUUUGAAAGUUUGUAUGUAUACAAGUUCUUUUUAAGAGCUCAAGACCAACCUUUUUUUAAAACUCAUUUUUAUUGAUAUUUAUUCCAAUUUGAGUUGCGUUGUAGUUUUAUGGUUGUAUUAUCAAGUUGUCCAAUGUGUUGCAUUAUUAUAUGUUGGCAUGACAAGGAAAAAACAUGAAAAAAAAGCCCAUCCAAAAACGUGAGCAAAAUGCAAUAGGUAAAAAUAAAAAGACGAUUGCAACAGAA